GGAGAGACAGGCACUGAGAGAAUUAGGGAGGGGAGAGAGAGAGAGAGAGAGACGGAGAGAGGAGGGGACAGCACCUCCAGCCUACUGCAUCUAGGAGACUCACACCUGCACAUCAGACAGCCUGACAGCCAAGAGACAUCCAAGAGACAGCCAAGAGACAGCCAAGAGACACUCAGCAUCUCUCCCCACAAGGUACCACUGACUGCUGUGCACACUAUAUUCUGCCAUCAUAAGACUUUAAACAUGGAAGACAUCGUGAUAGCCGGGAUAGCAGGGAGGCUGCCAGAAUCCGACAAUCUACAGGAGUUUUGGGAGAAUCUCAUCGGAGGAGUAGACAUGGUAACGGAGGACGACAGGCGGUGGAAACCAGGACUUUACGGUUUGCCCACAAGGAACGGAAAGCUGAAAGAAAUUAGCAAGUUCGAUGCCUCGUUUUUCGGUGUUCACCCCAAGCAAGCUCACACCAUGGACCCUCAGUUACGCUUGCUUUUGGAGGUUUGCUACGAAGCAGUAGUAGACGGAGGGAUUAAUCCAUCAGACCUUCGAGGCACCAACACGGGAGUCUGGGUGGGCGUUAGCGGAUCGGAAGCAGCAGAAGCCUUCAGCCGAGAUCCAGAAGAGCUGGUUGGGUACAGCAUGACUGGAUGCCAACGUGCCAUGUUUGCCAAUCGCAUCUCGUAUUUCUUCGACUUAAAGGGUCCUAGCUUGGCCAUCGACACGGCGUGCUCGUCCAGUUUGUUGGCUUUAGAGAACGCUUACCAGGCGAUCCACCAUGGCCAGUGUGAUGCGGCCAUCGUCGGGGGAGUCAAUCUGCUGUUAAAGCCCAACACCUCGGUACAGUUCAUGAAACUUGGCAUGUUGAGUCCGGAUGGGACCUGCAAGUCAUUCGACGCUUCAGGAAACGGAUAUUGCCGCUCGGAAGCCGCCGUCGCCAUUUUACUCACCAGAAAGUCUUUCGCGAAGAGAAUUUACUCAACUAUUGUAAACGCGGGAACUAACACCGACGGCUACAAAGAGCAAGGAGUGACCUUCCCGUCAGGAGAAGUCCAGCAGCGGCUGCUGAGUUCUCUCUACCGAGAAGCCGGCAUCCCCACCAGCGAGGUUGAAUACGUGGAAGCCCACGGCACCGGAACCAAGGUCGGAGAUCCGCAGGAGGUCAACGGAAUUGCCAAUGUUUUUUGCAACUCGGACCGGGAACCUUUAUUAUUAGGAUCCACCAAAUCUAACAUGGGCCACCCAGAACCGGCUUCAGGUCUCGCUGCGUUGGCCAAGGUAAUUCUGUCCCUGGAGCACGGAGUUUGGGCUCCGAAUCUCCACUACAAAAACCCAAACCCCGACAUCCCCGCUCUGCACGAUGGCCGGAUCCGAGUGGUGAACGAACCCAUCCCCGUAAGAGGCGGCAUCGUCGGAAUCAACUCCUUCGGUUUCGGUGGCUCAAACGUGCACGUCAUACUUAAGCGCAACGAGAAGAAGUCCUCCGGCCAGGCGUCCAUGGCUCUUCCCAGAUUGGUGCAAGUCUGCGGAAGGACGCAAGAAGCAGCGGAGACCCUUGUGGAGCAGAGCAAGCAGCUCGCCGUGGACGACCCCUUCGUACACUUGUUGAAUGAUAUAUCGGGGAUUCCUCCGUCGUCCAUGCCGUAUCGGGGUUAUACUAUUGUCGGAACCGAGAAUGACAUCAAGGAGGUCCAACAGGCUCAAGCUUCCGGGAGACCAAUCUGGUAUAUUUGUUCAGGGAUGGGAAGUCAAUGGAAAGGGAUGGGACACAGCCUGAUGAACUUGGACGCAUUCCGAGAAUCCAUCCUGCGUUCUGACGAGGCGCUCAAAGGAACAGGGCUGAAAGUGUCGGAGCUCCUGCUGAACGCAGACGACAGCACCUUCGAGGACACCGUCAACUCUUUUGUAGGGCUUGCUGCCAUCCAGAUCGCUCAGAUUGAUUUGCUCAAAUCCAUGAAACUGGAGCCUGACGGGAUCAUUGGCCACUCGGUGGGAGAGUUAGCCUGCGGAUACGCAGAUAGCUCCCUGACCCACGGCGAGGCGAUCCUGGCUGCUUAUUGGAGGGGUCGAUGUAUCAAAGAAGCCAAGCUUCCUCCGGGUGGAAUGGCUGCCGUCGGGCUGACCUGGGAGGAAUGCAAAAUGCAAUGCCCUGAGGGGGUAGUGCCCGCCUGCCAUAACUCCGAGGACACUGUGACCAUAUCAGGCCCCAAGGACUCAGUCCGCGACUUUGUCGCAAAACUGAAAGAGGACGGGGUGUUUGCCAAGGAGGUACAAAGCGCCGGCGUUGCGUUCCACUCGUAUUACAUGGAGUCGAUUGCUCCUUCCCUUCUGAGUGCCCUGAAAAAAGUUAUCACCACCCCAAAGCGGCGUUCGUCCCGUUGGAUCAGCACGUCCAUUCCCGAGUCUCAAUGGCAGAGCGACCUGGCUCAGCUCUCUUCGGCCGAGUAUCACGUCAAUAAUUUAGUGAGCCCGGUGCUGUUCCAAGAAGGGUUGCGCUUCACCCCGGAAAACGCAGUGGUGGUAGAGAUCGCCCCCCACGCUCUUCUUCAGGCAAUUUUAAGAAGGAGUUUAAAGCCGACCAAUACUAUUCUCCCGCUUAUGAAGAAAGGACACCCUAACAAUCUUGAGUUUUUCCUUACAAACAUUGGAAAAAUCUAUGUCAAUGGAAUUAAUGUUCAGUGUAACAAUAUAUUCCCAGCCGUUGAGUUUCCGGUACCGGCAGGGACACCCCUCAUCUCUCCUCUCAUCCAAUGGGAUCACAGCCAAACUUGGGAUGUUCCCAAACCCGACGAUUUCUCUGCUGGUUCAGAGGGAUCUACCUCGGCUACUAUUUACAAUAUUGAUAUGAAUCCUGACUCUCCCGAUACUUACAUGAGCGGACAUUGUAUUGAUGGACGAGUUCUGUACCCGGCUACCGGAUAUCUGGUGUUGGCGUGGAAGACGCUAUCACGGUCGUUGGGGGUUCCUAUGGAGCAGACUCCUGUCUUAUUUGAAGAUGUUACAAUCCACAGAGCUACGAUCCUUCCAAAAACAGGUUCUGUCCAGCUGGAGGUCCGUCUCAUGCCCUCUUCCAAACGGUUUGAGGUUUCAGAAAAUGGAAACCUGACAGCCGGCGGCAAGAUUUCUAUCAUGGAAGAAAACACCUUAAGCGAUUUCCAGAAUCAGCUAACCAGCCAUCAGAACGAGAACUACGACGUGACGUCCGACUUCCCUCUGAGCGAUAAAGAUAUUUACAAAGAGCUCAGGCUGCGCGGCUAUGACUACGGGCCUACUUUCCAGGGCAUUAUUGAGUCCAACAGCAGAGGAGACAAAGGGAAGCUUUUGUGGACGGGAAACUGGGUCACCUUCCUGGAUACCAUGCUGCAAAUGAUGGUUUUGGGAUUAAAAGGACGCAGCCUCCGACUCCCCACCAGAAUUUCUUCUGUCUAUAUCGACCCGAAAACUCACGAGGAUUAUGUCCACGCGCACUCGGACAAUUCAAAAGCGACCCGCGUGACUAUUAACAACUGUCUGGAGAGAAUUGUUUCUGGAGGUGUUCAGAUAUCGGGGUUGCAUGCAACCAUCGCCCCAAGACGCCAGCAGCAGCAAACGCCGCCAAUUCUGGAGAAGUUUAAAUUCAUACCUUACUUCGAAGAGGGAAGCCUUCGCGAGAACUCCUUCCUCCGUUCCCUUCUAGAACAAUGCACAGGUAAAAUCAGAGAACUAGCAUCUAAAGUUGCCCAACACGGGUUGAAACUUGAAAUUCCUGGUGUCCAGAACAAAGGUACGGAGCCGAAAAAAGACCCAGAGGCCGCUGGUCUCGGCAAGGGUCUUCUUCAUGUCCUCACGGAGAUUUGCAACCUGGAAUUAAAUGGAAACCUUCAGUCUGAGCUGGAAGUCACUUUGGUGAAGGAGAACGAGCAGUUCAGAGAGGAUCCUCUUCUAAACGGGCUUCUCGCGUCUCCCGAUUUGAAAGCCUGUCUGGAUACCGUUCUGGAGAACAGCAACACACACAGAAUGAAGGUUGUGGAGGCUCUGGCUGGAAACGGACACUUGUCAUCGUACGUCCUGAGCAUAUUAAAUACGCAGCCAAUGCUGCAGUUGGACUACAUUGCCACGGAUCCCACCAUAGAGUUCCUCUCCGAUAUCGAGAAUAAUCUGAAAGACUUUGGUGGUUCCAUUGAGCCAUGGGACCCGACGGGAUCUGCCCCUGGUAAUUUAGCCAACGCCGACCUAUUGGUCUGUAACUGCGCUGCCCACCUUCUCAAAAAUCCAACACAAGUACUCCCCAACAUGGCGUCCACCGUGAAGGAAGGAGGAUUUGUUCUCUUGCACACGCUCCUCAAGGGAGAUACGAUUGGGGAGACCAUGGCUUUCUUGAGAACUCAGAACGUCCACCAGAAAGAUGGCCUUCUCUCUCAGGCAGAGUGGCAGGAGGUGUUUGACGGCGCCUCCCUGGAUCUGGUCGCCAUGAAGAAGUCCUUCUAUAGUUCGGUCAUUUUCCUGUGCCGGCGACGCAUCCCGGAGAAGAAACCAGUCUUCCUGUCUGUAGAAGACAUGGACUGUCCUUGGGUGGAAUCAUUGAAGGAAGUUAUGGCAGAUUCAGAAGAAAAACCUAUUUGGCUCACUGCCCUUAACCAGGGCAACUGUGGCAUCGUAGGGAUGGUGAACUGUCUGCGCCAGGAACCCGGAGGACACCGGAUUAGGUGCCUGUUUAGUUUAGAUGUGAAAGCAAAUGCCCCAACUAAUGCCCUUCCUGAAAACGAGAUGCAAAAGCUGAUACGGAGAGACCUGGUGAUGAACGUGUGCCGCAACGGAGAGUGGGGGUCUUACCGCCAUGUUCCAUUCGAAAAAGAACAAUCUCAGGUGGACACCCCCUACGCGUUCGUCAAUGUCCUGACGCGAGGGGACCUCUCUAGCCUUCGGUGGAUAGCUUCACCCCUUCGGCAUUUCCAGACUACAAACCCCAACGUUCAACUCUGCAAAGUCUACUACGCGUCGCUCAACUUCCGGGACAUUAUGCUGGCAACUGGGAAACUGCCCCCUGACGCUAUUCCCGGCGAUCUUGCACUGCAGCAAUGCAUGCUGGGAAUGGAGUUUUCGGGUCGUGACCCUGCCGGCAGAAGGGUGAUGGGGCUGCUGCCGGCUAAAGGUCUGGCCACGGCAGUGGACGCCGAUAUACGUUUCCUUUGGGAUGUCCCGGAGAGCUGGUCUCUAGCAGAGGCAGCGACAGUCCCGGUGGUCUACGCCACCGCCUAUUACGCCAUGGUUGUGCGAGGGCGUUUAAGGAAGGGGGAGAGCGUCCUUAUCCACUCGGGUUCCGGAGGGGUCGGCCAGGCUGCCAUAGCCAUAGCUCUGAACAUGGGCUGCCGCGUGUUCACCACUGUUGGAUCGUCUGAAAAACAGGAAUACCUUCAAAGCAGAUUCCCGCAACUGGACGCCAGCUGCUUCGCCAACUCGAGAAAUACAACGUUCGAACAGCACGUACUUAGUGUUACUCAAGGGAAAGGGGUCGAUUUGAUCUUAAACUCACUGGCCGAGGAGAAGCUGCAGGCCAGCCUUCGAUGCCUCGCUCGUCACGGACGCUUCCUCGAAAUUGGAAAAUAUGAUCUGUCCAACAACACCCCUCUGGGUAUGGCUCUCUUCCUGAAGAACGUGGCGUUCCACGGAAUUCUGCUGGACGCCCUCUUUGAAGAAGGGAACAAGGAAUGGGAAGAAGUGUCUGAGCUCCUAAAGAGCGGGAUUCGAGAUGGAGUGGUCAGACCACUAAAAAAUACAAUCUUUACUCGCGAAGAAGUGGAGCCAGCAUUCAGAUUCAUGGCUCAGGGAAAACACAUCGGAAAAGUGCUUAUAAAGGUCCGCGAUGAGGAGAGCGACUCCCUCGGCGAAGCAGAUGCCCUUCUUCCCGUCAUUCCUCGGACCUCAUUCCCCGCGGCAAAGUCUUAUGUCAUUACAGGGGGUCUCGGAGGAUUUGGUUUGGAGUUGGCUCAAUGGCUGAUUGAAAGAGGAGCUCAAAAGUUGGUCCUAACCUCUCGUUCUGGGAUAAGAAAUGGUUACCAAGCAAAACAAAUCCAGAGCUGGAGAGAAUCCGGAAUAGAGGUCAUUGUUUCUACAAAAGAUGUAGGAUCGGAAGAAGGGACUCGGCAGUUAAUUGAAGAAGCUUCUCGGCUUGGAGCGGUCGGCGGUAUCUUCAAUCUAGCCAUGGUCCUAAAAGACGCAAUGAUCGAGAACUUAUCCACAAAACUUUUUCAAGAAGUGAAUAAACCAAAGUACAACGGUACCCUCCAUCUCGACAGGGUCAGUCGUGAAAAUUGCCCCGAGCUGGAUCAUUUCGUGGCGUUCUCCUCCGUGAGCUGCGGCAGAGGCAACGCCGGUCAGAGUAAUUACGGGUUUGCCAAUUCUACCAUGGAGCGUAUCUGUGAGAAGCGGCGUCAGGAGGGUCUCCCAGGGUUGGCUGUGCAAUGGGGAGCCAUUGGAGACGUCGGGGUAGUCCUGGAAACCAUGGGCAGUAACGACACCGUCAUCGGUGGGACCUUACCUCAGAGAAUCAGUUCGUGUCUGGAGGUCCUGGACCAGUUCCUGAACCAGCCGCACCCCGUCAUGUCCAGUUUCGUCCUGGCCGAAAAAACCAUCUCCGUAAAAACCAAAGGAGCGGGGCAGCAGGAUUUGGUGGAAGCCGUGGCUCACAUUCUAGGCGUACGAGAUGUGGGCAGCUUGAAUCCAGAGACCAGCUUGGCCGACCUCGGCUUGGACUCGUUGAUGGGCGUAGAGGUGCGGCAGACGCUAGAGAGAGAUUACGAUAUUGUGAUGGCGAUGAGGGACGUCAGACAGCUGACUAUCAACAAGCUGAGGGAGCUCUCCACCAAGUCUUCAACCACUGAAGAAUCAAAGCCCUCGCAGAAGACGUCGGCGCAGUCAGAACUCAGCAUCCUGGAUCUCGAUAACCUUUUGGUGAACCCCAACGCUUCCACCAUAAGCAAGCUUAAUGACGUUGAAGGCAGCGAACGGCCGCUCUUCCUGGUUCACCCUAUAGAAGGGUCUACAGCGGCGUUUCAGGCCUUGGCGUCCAAACUCAACAUACCUUGCUAUGGUCUGCAGUGCACUAAAGCUGCCCCUCUGGACAGCAUUCAGAGUCUGGCAUCUUACUACAACCAGUGCAUAAAGCAGGUGCAGUCCGAAGGGCCCUACUGGAUCGCGGGUUACUCGUUUGGAGCGUGCGUGGCCUUCGAAAUGUGCUCGCAGCUGCAAGCUCAGCGGGACGGCUCCCAGGCUCCGGACAGCCUGUUCCUGUUUGAUGGGUCUCACUCGUACGUAGCGGCGUACACUCAGAGUUACCGUGCCAAAUUAACUCCGGGGAGUGAGGCCGAGGCUGAAACCGAAGCACUAUGUGCGUUCAUCCAGCAGUUUACCGGCAUGGAGUAUAAUAAGAUCUUGGAAGCUCUGCUUCCCCAGAAGGACCUGGAAGCCAGAGUCAACGCGGCCGUGGAGCUGAUUAAAAACAGUCACAAGAACAUCGACGACGAGGCUCUUCAAUUUGCCGCCUCUUCUUUUUACUACAAGCUAAAGGCCGCUGAUAAGUACGUCCCCGUCGACAAGUACCACGGGAACAUCACGCUGCUCCGGGCAGAGACACGGAACGAAUACGGCAAAGGACUCGGCGCAGACUACAAGCUGUCAGAGGUCUGUGACGGAAAGGUGUCCGUUCACGUCGUAGAAGGGGAUCAUCGCACGUUCUUGCAAGACUCCGGGGUCGACAAAAUAACCGGCAUCAUUUACAGCACGUUAGCCGAGCCUCGUAGCAGCGUCCGGGAGGGCUAGAGACACGCCGUCAAUUCUUACCAUAUACAGUAUGCAGUGAAGCCGGCUUGGUCUCAUUGUGCGCUGGAUAUGAAUCGAGUUACACAUUCCAACAAGCAUGUAGAUCAGGGCACCAUUCCCACCAAAAACCCUCCGGAGAAGACCUUCCUUGAAAGGACUAAUUGCACCCCUAAACCCCUAAGUCUUGCUCAAUGUUGCACCAAGCACCGCACACGAUUCCACGAUUCCUACUAAGGAAAUUCAAGUAGGCUUAAUUUUGUAGCAUGUUGGUAAUUAUCAGUAUUCCAAAGCCAAGACUUUUAGCACUUAAAGCGCAACCACCGAUAGAGGCCAGCGAGACCUGCCUUCCGAGGUGCCAAGACGCCUUUGACGAAUUCGGCAGGUUUCCCGGACGCGGCCCGCUGUACUCAGAGGCCAGCGUCGAUCCGCUAUCUUUGGUGUAGGGUUUUUAUUUUGUAAUUUUUUUUUUUAUUAUUAUUUUUAUUAUCUGAAUGUUAAGUAUUUAUUGUAGUUUUUAUUUGUAAUUGAAAAAUAUCUCAUUAGGGUCACUCUCCUAAUCAGGACGGGCAUCAUCCGAUAUCACGAGCUUACCGGCUCUCAACUCAAGGCAUAUACCUUGUCUGCUUAGGGACGCGUCUUCAAUGUCUUUUUCCUUAACGUUUCCGGGAUAUUCUUCCAAUUCCAAGUUUAUCUCUCAGUUGGUAUCUCAAAUGACAAACACGAAAACCUGCUUCGCCUGUUGUAUUAACUGGAAACCGCCGUGGACUUCCCGUGAAGUCCAUGGUUUUGUCGAUGGAAGAACAUUGACAGUUUCUCUCUUGUAACCACUACAUAACUCGCUUCUGAGUGAUAUGCUGUAUGAAAUAGAGAGUGGGCACCAACGUGACCACUCAAUAUGUAUUUAAUGCCUCCUACCUUCAAAAGCCACAAGGGUGGCAAUCAACUUACGAAGCUGGCGUUGGACCCAUCAUACCAUGGACCUUGUAGACCAACCACGUUGGCUACCAAGAUGAAGACGUUCCUGUGCAAUGGAUCAUUUAUGUCUGGAGCUGAAGAUAAGGAAGAUGUUGCAUCUUCUAAUUGGGAGAGUGGCCUGGACACUUGUAUCUGCUGCAAGUGUAUCCGUACCGGAGUUUCCGUGAAGGAAACAUAGUUUCUGCUGCACUUAUGACACAGAGAGGGUGAGAUGAGUUCACUUUGUGUCCGGUUACUGGUCUUCGUCACUGGUUGUGGUCACUCGUCGCCGGUCAGUAAUGCCACACGCGGUGUUCUCCUAUGACCUCGUAGUACCGGCGUCUGCCACCGACCCCCUCUCUGUUGACAGCAGCGGAACGGGUUUAACGUAGCGAUAUAUUUUAUGGGUUUUUCUUUCAUACAUUCUUUCCCUGCCUCUUCGUAAAUAUUGCUGCUUCGCAGAUAGAAUUGUGAAAGUCGCGUUCUCGUUGUUAAAAAUAAAAAGUUUAAAUCGUU